AUGUGUCCCGAGGCCCUUGUUAUCUCUGGAGACUUCAACCUUCAUUUAGAUGACCUCCGUGACAGUGACACCAAAAAAUUGGAGGAUUUACUAGAAACGUUCAAUCUUUCGCAAUACGUUUCGGGCCCGACUCAUUUAUCGGGUCAGACCUUAGAUUUAAUUAUUACUCGUUCCUCAGAUGAUAUUGUUCUUGCUUCCCCUAAAACUACUUUUCCCAUCUCUGAUCAUUUUAUUAUUCAGUGUCCUAUUGGUUUCUCACGACCAGCUUUGUCAUACAAAAAACUGACUUUUCGAAAACUCAAAAAUAUUGAUAUUGCUGCGUUCUCAGCUGAUAUUGCCUCUUCUAUGCUUUGUGCAAGCGUACACUAGGACAACAUUGAUGCACCCUCCGACUGCUUUAACAAGAUCCUUUCGACAUACUGGAUAAGUUUGCCCCGCUUAAAACCAGGACUAUAGUUAAUCGUCCAAAGGUCCCAUGGUUUCAUGAUGUCCCCUUAAACAACUCAGGUGUCAACGUCGUCGCCUUGAAAAGAGAACCGUGA